CGCGGCCCGAACCCGAUCCUGAGCUGGUCGCCAGUCUGUCACGGGGCUAAGAACGGGAACCACACGCGCAACCGGUUCCCAUGUUGUCCGGAAUUUUUAUCGCGAGUAAAAUCUACCUGGCUCGCACCGCUGUCGUCGGCUGUCACGUCCGCAGGGUGACCGCGUACCGUACGACUGACCGAUUUUUGGAAGUACCUUACAGCCAGUGUCACGUGCAGGAUAAUAAUUACUUUCUCGAUCUGUGAUUCGUUUUCCUCGAGUUAUACUCACGGGGCUCGCCCGAAGCUCGGUUAAUACCCGCAAGGACUUUCGAGUAACGACCCUUAAGUUCGUCGAGUGCUUCUUGAAAAAAAAAAAGAAAUAAUCAACAACGAUUCGUCAACGUCCUCGAGAUGCUGACCGACAUGACUCCGGCGGCGGCCGGACAGCUUUAUCCGCAGCUACAAUCCAUCGCCAAGUCCCCAGCUAGUCACGUGGAUCACCCGGGGCUGCGCGGAACCCCGCUGGCGAUGCUGGCGGCGCAGUGCAACAAGCUGAGCAACAAAAGUCCGCCACCCCUGGCGGACGCGGCGGUCGGCAAGGGGUUCCACCCGUGGAAAAAGAGCCCGCAGAGCAGCGGGAGCUCGCCGCAACACUCGGGGGGCGGUGGCGGCGGCGGUUGCACGACCACAACGGGGGUGACGCAGAGGCCGACGGCGACGAGCAGCGCCGGCAGCACCGGGGGCUACGCCAGGCCUCCGGUAACCUCCUGCGCCUCGACCGCCCCCCAGUACGGAAGCGACCUCUACUUCCCCGGGACGGCGAGCGCCCAGCCGGCGAGCGACCCCCACCACCACCAGAGCAGCCUGCUCGGCAAGGUGGAGGGUGCGACCCUGGGCUCCGUUUACGGCAGACACCCUUACGAGUCGUGGCCGUUCAACGCUAUGCCGGGAGCGACGCACGGCGGCAUCAAGGCCGGGGACGGGGGCUGGUGGGACGUCCACAGCGCGGCGACCGGCGGGUGGCUGGACGUUAGCGGGACCGUCGGCGUCGGCGUCCACGCGGCCCAGAUGGCCAACUACUCGGCGGAUUACUCGACGAGCCUCGCCCUCGCCGGGAAUCACUUGCUGGGCUCGACGACCGCCGGCCACAACCUGCUUCAAGACACUUACAAGUCGAUGCUGCCCGGCGGGCCGCCCGGCUUCGGGCUGCAUCAUCACGCGACGAGCGGGGGCGGGGCCGGGAGCCCCCAGGGGGCCGGAGGCGCCGGCGUCGCCCAGGCACCCUCGCCGAGGUCGCAGAGGAGAUACACCGGCCGGGCGACCUGCGACUGCCCGAACUGCCAGGAGGCAGAGAGGCUCGGACCUGCCGGUGUUCACCUGAGGAAGAAGAACAUCCACAGCUGCCACAUCCCCGGCUGCGGGAAGGUCUACGGGAAGACGUCUCAUCUGAAGGCCCAUUUGCGGUGGCACACUGCGGCACCUUCGAACCCACACCGGAGAAAAGAGAUUCGCCUGCCCGGUCUGCAACAAGCGAUUCAUGCGCAGCGACCACCUCGCGAAGCACGUCAAGACGCACAGCAGCAGCAGCAGCAGCGGCAGCAGCGGGGCGAGCAAAGGCAAGGGGGCGGCGGGGGCGGGCAGCUCGUCGGCCGAGUCCUGCUCCGACAGCGAGGACAACGCGAGUCAGCAGAGUCCCAUUUCGGGGCCCCUGGUUCAGGGGGCCCUGGACAGCAGCACGGCGGGUCAGCCGAGCACCAACAGCACCCAGCAGCAACCGGCAACCCCCAUGACCCCAAUGCAGAUGACCCCUCCAACCCCGCUGACACCCCAUCAUCCCCACCACCCGCAUCUCCCGCCGCUAAUGGGCCACCACCCCCACCAUCAUCAUCACGCAACCACCGUGGUCCCCACCACCCACCACCAUCAUCAUCAUCACACGGGGAUGAGCAUGCACUGAGCCCGGUGGGGCCCGGAGCCGCAUGCGCCAACAACGCAACGGCCCUGGGCUCCCCCCUAUCUUACCCCCUGAACCUCAACCUGAUCCACCACCACCAUCAUCACCAUCAUCAGGCCGCCGCGGUCGCCGCAGCCGCGGCAGCCGCGGCCGCCGCCAAUCAUCACCACAACUCCUACUCCAUGCAGCAAAAUCCCGGCACCCCGGGCACGGCGCAGACCCCCUCGCCCUCCUCCCCCGCCCCUGUACAUAGUCUCUAGGUACGUGUAACGAGAUGAGACGAGUAUUAACCCGACGCCCCCUCUUCUAACCCCCCUUGCCGGAUUUUGACCAAAUUCUAUUCUGGGUGAAAGAUCCUGAUAACGAUCCGUUCUCUGUAUAAAAUAUUAUAUAUUGCUGCUGUAAUUUUUUAUAUUGUGUCUGGCUCCAAUGCCUCCGCCUCUGCCUCCGCCCCUGACCUCGUCGUCGACCAACCCCCGGAACCGCGACCCUUCGUUACGUACUGCGGUAUAUGAAAUUAGUAGAAAACGAACGAUGGGACACAAAGUUGGAAGAAAAUGAUACGAAACAAAGAUAAAUAACUAGAUGAGAAACACCGAUACAAACAUGUAAAUACUAUACAUAGUGCGUGAAAGAUGAUAUUAUAUUUAAAACGAUAUAAUAUUGUACAAACGAAACGAAGAGAAAAAAAAAAAAACUAAAACAACCCAAUUGAGAGAGACAAAGAAAGGAAAACAUACACACGGAUGUACCAUACACCAAACACCCCUUCGGCGCACACAAAAACUAGCCCCGAAUUUUUUCAACUCCUGGCUAAGUUCCAAAUAUCAUAUCGCGCUUCUUUCAAGAAUCUCGAUUCCGAUCGUUGAAAAUUACGAGACUCCGCCCGAAUCUCAAUUUUCCGUACCUCGUGCUCUUUAGCCUUUCUUCUUCUCCGACUAUACGCAGCCGAAAGUAUCCAAUAUACGCACUGCGGUGGAUAACUUCGGACGCAAUUACAACUGUUUCACGUAUACCAUUAUUUAUGACAUUUGGAACAUAGCCUCGGACCGGCCCGCAUAUCACGCCCCCCCCUCUCUCUCCUCCCUUCUAAAGCUAGUAUCGUACUAUAAUUAAUUAAUUAUUAUUAAAAUAUUAUUAUAAAUAUUAUUAAUGAAAAAUCAUUUACAAAAAAAAAAAAAAUACAAACAACAAAAAAAAAGAUACAGAGGAUAAUAAACGAUGCUUUUGUGAAUAACGCGUACUUAGACUCAAUUCGACUACAUCAUUGCCCACCGCCUGUCUAUGCCCUGCUCCGCCUUACGACCCCGACUCUCUUCCUCACUCGACCCCAUCUUCCGUACUCACCUGAAUCCCGAUAGAAAACCAGAAAAAAAAAAAAGAAAAAACGAAAAGAAAAGAGAAAGAAAGAAC